UUGCAAAAUCAGAUCAACUUCUUCCAUCCAUAGCCCCUACUCGACAGAACUCAUGAGCCAUGGACUUGGUUCACCUUCACGACAAUGCUUGCGGGCUACCAAAAAUGUACUGGCGAGUAGUUAAGAUUGAGGUGCUCUAAACGAUAGGUUACAGUAUUCUUCCACUCGAUCUGAGUAGUGAGCACUCAACUGCUGUUGAAACUUCGUCUUCUACACUCUAUUGGAACUUCUUUGCACUAGCUGAAUAUUGAAGAAUCUUCGAUUUUAGGUCAGGAAAGCGGGCGUUGCUGGUUACUGAAGAUUCUAACUAGUAACUUAACUUUCUUUUAUAGAAGAGAGGGAGGUUUUAAGAAUGUCCUUUGGAUUUGGGAAGAAUUCUGGACCUACAGCUCCACCAAGUGGGCCAACCCCUUUUGGUUACUUCCCGCGUCCUCCAUCGCCUACUCCUACUCCUACUCCCUCUCCUUCUCCCUUUCCUGUAUCGGACUUUCCUGCUGCUCCUAGAUUUCUGAGCCCGAGGACCUUUGAUGUUCAUGGGCAAAUACGAUCACCUUCUUUUCUUAGUAAUGCUCACUUAGAAACAAGUCCAUCUCAACCGUAUGAUGGACCAAUUAGAACUCCUUGUUUACAUAGGGGUGAUGUGCAAAAUCCAGUAACUGAAGAUUUUGGUAGCCAAAGUCAGAAGAGACCUUUUCCAUCUGCUUCCCAAGAUUUUGGAUCAAGUAUACCUUCUAAAAUUCCACACUUUCAGAACUCCGGAAGGUCAAGAUCGUCUCCUAUUCAGUAUAACGAAGAGUUUCUGCAGAACCCUGGUGGUGCUAUCAUGGAAAGGGCCUUCAAUGCUCAUGGGAGAGCAAAAUCGCCUUCCUUUCUUGAUAAUGCACGUUUAGGAACAAGCUCAUCUCAAUCAUAUGCUGCACCAAUUAGGGGUGAUAAGCAAAAUCCAGUAAAUGGAGAUAUUGGUAGCCAAAGUCAGAAGAGACCAUUUCCAUCUGCUUCCCAAGGUCUUGGAGCAAGUAUGUCUUCUAAAAUUCAACACUUCCAAAACCCGGAAAGGUCCAGAUCACCUCCUAUUCAGUAUAAUGAAGAUUUUCUGCAGGACCGUGGUGGUGCUAUCAUGGAAGGCAAUGCAGAUAUGGCCUCUGGUCUCCAUGACUACACACAGAGAAGGCAGUCACCUUCUUCAGCUGCUGCCGUCAGUCAUUCUAUAAUCAAUCCUCGACUCUCAUGGAGUAAAUCUCAAAGACCUGCUACAAAUUCUCACACUUGGGUUGCCCCUGGAAAAUCUGGUAGCCGCAACACUAGUCCACAGAACGAAAAAACCAUUUCCCCGACGAAAACUGUUGGUAGUUGGAAAUCAAAAGAAUUGUCCUCUGAGGAUGAUUUUCAGAGGAAUUCCUAUGCUCAUGGAGAUGCGUUUAAAAGGCCCUCGUCAUCUCCUCCCAAUUCGAGGAGUGAGACCAGUGGUGUCCGAAUGCCUGAUGUACAUAUUAAUCAGAGAUUGUCUUCAUCUACCGACGGAAUGAAUGGUGAUACUUAUAUGAGCAAGCUUGCAAGCCACUCUGUUUCAAAACGAACUAGAUCACCUACUUCUGCUGUUGGCCCAAUCGUUCAAAUGAACUCUAGUACCACUGAAGAUGACAUUGCUAGAGAAGAACAGGCCAAAGCAAAGCGGUUAGCUCGCUUUAAGGUUGAGCCAGUUGAAGGUGAACGAGGUGAUUCUAUUCAAUAUGGUCAAAAUGUCACGGAGGGAAGAGUUUCUUUGGUGAAAUCUGGUCGUAUGGCUGUGGAAAAACAGAAGUUUCCAGGGGAUAUUACUCCGGGAUCAAUGGAAAGCCAAGAUCUUGAUAAUGAAGAUUUGCAGUCAAGCAGUGCUAUUGUGGGGCUGUGUAUUGAUAUGUGUCCUGUGUCAGAGAGGGGUGAACGAGAAAGGAAAGGGGAUCUUGACCAGUACGAGAGGCUGGAUGGGGAUAGAAAUCAGACUAGCAAGACACUUGCUGUUAAGAAGUAUAACAGAACUGCGGAAAGGGAAGCAGAGUUAAUUCGCCCCUUGCCAAUCUUGCAGAAGACAAUGGAUUAUCUUCUAGGGUUGUUAGAUCAGCCUUAUGAUGAUAGGUUCCUUCGCUUGUAUAAUUUCCUGUGGGAUAGGAUGAGGGCAAUACGAAUGGACCUGAGAAUGCAACACAUCUUUAAUGAUAGGGCGAUAAGUAUGCUGGAACAAAUGAUACGGCUUCACAUAAUAGCUAUGCAUGAAUUGUGUGAAUUCUCAAGAGGAGAAGGCUUUACAGAGGGAUUUGACUCUCACCUCAAUAUUGAACAGAUGAACAAAACAUCUGUCGAAUUAUUUCAGAUUUAUGAUGAUCAUAGAAAAAGAGGAAUCUUUAUCCCCACAGAAAAGGAAUUUCGUGGCUAUUAUGCUCUGCUUAAACUAGAUAAACAUCCUGGUUACAAAGUAGAACCUGCAGAGCUUUCGCUUGAUCUUGCUAAGAUGACAGCUGAGAUAAGGCAAACACUAGAAGUUCUAUUUGCCCGUGAUGUUGCAAGAUCCUGUAGAACUAGCAACUUUAUAGCUUUUUUCCGGCAUGCGAGGAAAGCAAGCUAUCUUCAAGCAUGUCUAAUGCACGCUCACUUCUCAAAGUUGAGAACACAGGCACUUGCUUCUCUACACUCUGGUCUGCAGUAUAAUCAAGGUAUCCCUGUGGCCCAUGUUGCCAAGUGGAUUGGCAUGGAGGGUGAGGACAUUGAGAGCCUCUUGGAGUAUCAUGGAUUUUUGAUAAAGGAAUUUGAAGAGCCAUAUAUGGUCAAGGAAGGUCCAUUUCUGAAUGAUGAGAAGGAUUAUCCCACUCGGUGUUCAGCACUUGUUCAUAGUAAAAAAUCAGAUACCAUCAUGGAGGAUGUAUUAUCAUCACAUCAAGUCAUUCUAUUGCCAUCCAAGCCGAGACAGGAGCUUCAAUCACAUAAGAAUAGCAAGAAUAAGCAAGCAGCGAUGCAACCGAUACAAACGAAGAGUCCUGUUGUCUCUCAUAGUCUGAUGGACUUUGAAGCUAUCUCAUCACCUAUGCGUAGCAUGCAAGACCAGCCAGUUCUUGAAACAUCAAGAAGCAUGAAAGUUCAAGCAGAUCUUGGAACAUCAAGAGAUAGUCAACCUUUCACAGAUGACCAUCACAGUGAUGCUACAGGUUUUCCGAAAGAUAACAUCAAUGCUUUCGCAAGCUUCCAAAGUCAUAGUAAGGUGGACCAACCAUCUCCAGUACUCCCAAAUCAUGGUUUCCUUAACGUUGGUGCUGGUCAGUUGAGCUCUAGGGAUUCUCCACUGAGUUUCUCUGCACAACAGUAUUUUCCUCCUGCUAAAUCACCAUCAUUUGGAUUGGCAAGGCAGGAUAACUUUGAAGGAUUUGUUAAAAAACCUCUAGAGAUUGUUGCACACUCUGAUAUAAAGUCACUACAACCUGAACUGGUGUCUGCAAAUGUUGAAGUGAUAGUACCUGCUUCUGAAGCUGACUCUAGUGAUGUGAGUGCACUAGAAGACGUGUCAGUGAAAGAUAAGCUGAGAGAAGAAGUUCCUGUACAGAAGGAAGUUGAUGAUGAUGUAUCUGAUAACUACGAUGAAGAAGUUGCUGAGGCUAAGCUUCGGCUGCUGCUAAGGCUAUGGAGGAGGCGCUAUGUAAGGAAGAAAUAUCUCCAUGAACAGAACAGAUUAGCUGCAAAUGCUGCUUUAAGUUCACUCUCUCUGGGGCCACCUAUUUGGAGGAACCAAGAUAAACCUACACCUUACCGGAAGUUAAGCAUCGAUCAAGCUAUGAACGAAAGGUCUGAAAAGCACCAGCUGUCAUUGGCGAGAUGGAAUGUCUCCGAUGUUGUGGCGAGUAAGCUGGCUGAAAUAAAUGAGAACUCGAAUUGCAUAUGCUGGAAGUUAAUCACUUUUUCUUGGUCGCAAGAUGCAAGAAGUGACAUGGAAGCAAGGAGUCCUGUAUCACAUCUAUCUCUGGAUGAUUGGUUACGUUACAAGCUUAUUCCUGCAAGUAAAGAGGAAGCUGUGGAGGAUUUGGUCAUUUCAGCUCCUAGGUUGUCAGUUUGGAGGAAGUGGGCUUCUGAUAAAUUUGGUGACUUAAGGUGCUACUUUUCUGUUAUCGAGGAUACACAGCCUGGUGAGAGCAGACUAGUUGGAGCUAAUGCUAUAAUGUUUUCUUUAUCAGAGACUCUUUCAUGGGACAUUCAAAGGGCCCAACUUAACAAUCUUGUGACAUCAUUACCUGCUGGGGCUUGCAUUCCUCUUCUAAUAAUAGGUGGUUCUGGUCAAGGAAACUUUGCAGAAUUUUCCUGUAGCAUAGUUGAUAACCUUGGGCUUAAAGACCUCGAUAAGUUGCGGAUUGGCAGUUAUAUGGUAAUCUGCUUAAAUGAGGGGGGUGAUGGGCAGUUCCAUGGAUAUUUUAGCGAUCAAAAAUUGAAGGAGGGGCUGAUGUGGUUGGCUUCUAAAUCAUGUUCCCAGCCUGUUCUUAUUUGCGUGAAAAUGCGUGAACUGAUUUCCCGUCAUUUAAACUCACACUUGGAUGCACUUGGCUUCAUCCGUGAUGAAGUAGGUCCAUACCAUUGUAUCUCAGCCUUCAAUCAAGCUUUAGAACAAUCAACAAAUGAUAUCAUUACUGCUGCUAACACAAAUCCAACUGGCUGGCCUUGUCCUGAAUUACAUUUGUUGGAUAACUCUACUGCUGAAUUCAAAGUUGUGAAGCAGUUCUUGCCAAGUUCAAGGUGGAGCUCGUCUGAAGAAGUCGAGCCCUUAAUAUCUGCAUUAAGAAAUUGCAAGCUGCCGUCUUUUUCUGAUGACAUAUCUUGGCUGAGCAGAGGUUGCAGAAGUGAACAGGAUAUUGAAAAUAUAAAACAGCUUCUUGAAGACUGUUUGAUCAGAUAUCUAAUCGAGUCUAGUAGUAUGUUAAAUAUACCGAUGGCAACCAAAGAAGCUCGUAUGAUGGUGCAAAAAUACAGUAGGCUUGAGCUUCAUGACCAGGAAUACAAAGUAGUUCCGAACUGGGUGCUCAUUUUCCGACGAGUGUUCAAUUGGCAGUUGAAUACUUCAGCCAGCUUCUCCUGUAAAGCUUAUGUCCUAGAACAAUCCCUCACAACGUGUAGUCCUCUGGAUUUUAGUAAAUUGGAAGUUGAACUUCCUAAGCCUCGCUACAUUGCUCAUCCUUCGUUGGAUGAGAUGGUUGAGGUUAGUUGCAGCCCAAUUGUUUCUAAAAGAGUAAGAUCUUCACCAAAAAGCUUUCAGAAAGUGGCAGCAAUGUCGUCUGGUAAGAAUGCUAGUGGAGUUAUUGCUCCCAAUUUCUUGGUGGAAAAAAGAAGCCACUUCUCGGAAAUCGAUGUUGUGGAGGAUAUACAUUCAAGGAAGAAUGAUGGGACCUUGGUUCGUGAAGAUGAAAAGGAAGCUGAUAGAUUGAGACAAUUGUUAAAUCAGUGUAAUAUUUUGCAGGAUGAGAAUGAGAAAAAAUUAUCACUUUACUUUUGAUUCCUAGGGUUAUGUAUUCUGAAAAUCCUGUAUAUUCAUGAUGUAUGUUAUCGUUAGAGCAUUUGUUAGGGCAAGAGCAGAGCCUUUUGUCGCUUAACAGGUUUUGCAAUUUUGAAGCAGUCAGUUGUACAAAGACAAGUAUAAAAUUAUUUAAUGAAAAGGUUUAAUUUCUUUGA